AAAACAACAAUGCGGGAGGUAUUCCGGCGUGUGUGGUCCCAUUCAAUAGCGAAUAAUCACCAUUUCUCACCGUACAAACGUCUAAACAAGUGAAUCGGCUCGAAUAAAAUGAGAAUUUUCGCGACGAUCCUAAUCUACCUACAGUUUAUCUCAUCCGAAACCCACCCGAUCGAAGCCUCUUUAGACCGCAAUUCCAGCUAUCCCAUACACCCGAGGAACCAGAAGAAAUUCCCCGACAACGCAGCUUUCAACAAAUUAUACGACGGCAUCCAGCAGUAUUGCCAGAAACCCGCCAAAUGCGAGCAUUCGAACUACACCACUUGCAUGGGCUCCAGGAUCCCCUACCGAACCACCACGCUGGAUUUGAUCGAUCUGAACCACCAGGAGCAAGUGCAGGAGAAACUGCAAUCGUACGGGUACCUCCGGUUCGUGCCCAAAUGCUGGGCAGUCAUCCAACCGCUCCUUUGCGCGCUGUACAUGCCCAAAUGCGAAGACCACAAGGUCGAUUUGCCCUCGUACGAGAUGUGCAAGAUCACGCUCGAACCGUGCAAGAUAUUCUACAACUCCUCGAUACUCCCCGAGUUCCUGCACUGCGAAGAUAGGAACCUGUUUCCUACGAAUAAAUGCAAGAAUGACAUACACGAUGUGAGAUUCAACACCACCGGUUACUGCAUGGAUCCUUUAAUCAAAACCGAUAAACCGGAAUGGUGGUAUUCGGAUAUCGAGAACUGCGGAUUGAAGUGCAAGGAUUCGCUGUAUACAGACAACGAGCAGUAUCAAAUCCACAAAUUAAUCGCCUAUUGCACUUUGAUUUGCAUAUUUUGCAAUGGAUUCACCGCUGCAACUUUCAUCAUCGAUUGGAAAACGGCCAAUAAAUACCCCGCUUUGGCCAUUUUCUACGUAAAUCUCUGCUUUUGCAUAUCGUACGGGGGCUGGUUGGUGCAAUUCUUAGGCAGCGAAACCCGCGAGGAUAUCGUUUGUAAAAAAGAGGGUACCCCGAGGAAAUCCGAACCGAGCGCCACCGAGAAUUUAUCCUGCGUUAUAGUGUUCGUUAUGGUUUAUUAUUUCAUGAUAGCCGGUUUAGUUUGGUUCGUUAUAUUCAGUUACUCCUGGCACAUGAACUCGCUACAAGCUUUAGGUAAAAUCCAGGACCGGGUGGACAGAAAGCGGGCCUAUUUCCAUCUAAUAGCCUGGAGUUUCCCUCUAAUGUUGACCAUCACCACGAUGGCGAUCGGAGAAAUCGACGGGGACUACGUAACGGGCAUCUGUUUCGUGGGUUUCGUUAACAAAACCGCCCGAGCGGGGUUGUUAUUAACCCCUCUCGCCGCUGCCAUGCUCCUAUCCGGCUACAUCAUCAUCAAAGGCCUCGUGCUGCUGAUUAAAGUGAAAAUCGAAAGCAGGGAAAUCAUAUCGGAGCAUUCGAGCCGGAAGAUCCGCUCGAACAUCGUCCGGAUGAGCGUCUUCACCGUAUUCAUGCUGGUGUUUUGCAUCAUCACCUUCGGCUAUCAUCAUUACUACUUCGAGAGUUCCGAACAGUGGAACGAAAGUUUGCGCAAUUACAUACUGUGUAAAUUGACCAGCAUGAGUGCAGAUUCGACGCAGUGUAAACAAACGUCUCGACCGAGCGUAGCGAUGUUGCAAUUGCAAUUAUUGGCCGUUUUCGGAUCGGGGAUCGCCAUGGCUUCGUGGGUUUGGUGCGAUGCUACUCUACAUUCGUGGGGAAGGUUCAUUCGAAGAAAAUUCCACUGCGAAAUCGAAGAACCCAUGAAGCUCCAAAAGCACAAGAUCAUCGCGCAGGCGUUCGCCAAGCGGAAGAAAUUCAACGAGGGCGGCAAAAUAUCGAUCGAAUGCCGCAAUUACACCGAUCCCGUCGGCCUGCAAUUCGAACUGAACAGCGCCGCCUCCAACGAAUUGAGCACCACGUGGGCGGCGAAUCUGCCGCGAUUGGUCAAUCGUCGGGGCGCCCUGCACGACGACGGCGCCCGCUCGAUGUCGAGCAACAAUCAUUCGAUCGACAGCGAGGUCAGCCUGAAUUUCCGGCACGUGAGCAUCGAGAGCCGCCGGAAUUCGGGCGACAGCCAGGUGUCGGUGCAAAUCGCCGAAUUGAAGGCUACCAGGAAGGUGAAUUCGAGAAGGCAUCGAAGCAGGCACGCCAAGAGACACCGAAACCAAUUCCGCAGCCAUUCGAGGAACAUCGGACAUUCCAGGAACUGUACGAAACGAGAAAGUAGCACCAGUUUGGAUUCCACGUUGCAAAUAAUCAACGCUUUCGCUCAAUCCAACGACGUCAACGUCAAAUCCUUCAGACCCAAUCUAAAUCGGAGAAGCGGCAACGCCGGUUUGGACGGGCCCCACAUCAACGAUUUGCUCACCAAAGGGAAAUUGAUGAUUCCUUGUCAUUUGAACAACCACGAAAGCGGCAGCGAAGAGGUAUCUGUAACGAUAUCGGAGAGCACUUUUAACAUGAAAUUGAGCAACAACCACGCGAAUAAUCUCGAUUUAAACGACGAACUCGCCCUCAAAUCCCUCCGACAAGGCGUCCACAUCGAAGAAUUGCAUUCUUCCUCUUCCACCACGGACGAAUCGGAGAAAUACAACAAAGAUUUCGAACAGGAGAAAAGGAGCAGAUCGGGUUGUAGCAAAAAAUCGAAGAGAAGAGCUUUCGCCGAUUUCAGACGAACCUACUCGGACUCGGAGAGUUGCGAUUUGAAGAGCGACAGUUCCUCCUGUCCCGAGAUAAAGAAAUUAGUUCAAAGCUCCCUCAAUUCGGGGACUUCAGAUAAAAAUCGCGGCUCGAGACAGUCCAAGACCUCCAUAGAUGUCGCCGUGCAGGCCAACGCUCAGGAUUUGGACUACGAAUUGAAGAACAUGAAGAAGAACGAGCACAAAAGCAAGCGGACGAAGACGAAGGAGAACAAGUCUCGCAAGGAGGGGAGGAAUUUCGAGGGGGAGUGCGAUAGGAAGAUGAAUAAAUCGUAUAGAUCUUACGGUAGUUCGCAGGAGAGGAGAUCUCUUAAUAGGGAUGAUUCUGAUGAAGAGAGACUGAUUGAUAGAGAUUGUAAAGUUGGUGUUGUGAUGAAACGAGUUUGAUCUCUUAUUUAGUUUGUAAGAUUUGUAUUAACUUUGCGCUUUUAUAAAACUUCACUAUAUUAGUGUUAGUAAGGAUAUUGUAUUAUCGAUUUUUUUUGUAAGUUU